GAUACACUAGUUCGCCGCAGACGCAAUUUGGGAAGUGAAAACAAGCUGCUAAAUACAAGCGAAAUAAUCACAAGAAAGGACAUCCGAAAAGAGGUUCAUCUUGCACUGAGUAGCCAUGUUUGUACGGUGUAUUGUCCGAAAAGUGCCAGGGGAAAAAGAGGCAGACCUGGUCACAGAGGCCCUCCGGGUAAACAUGGCCCACCUGGGCCUCAAGGACCACAAGGACCUAAGGGUCGUCCUGGAGAUCAGGGACCUUCAGGACCUAAAGGCAAUGAAGGUCCUCAGGGACCCAAGGGUGAUCGUGGUAAAUCCAUCGCAGCGCCUUCUAUUGUGUCGCCUCUUGUUUCUAUGGUGGUAAAUGAAAAGGAUGCAGUCUCAUUUCAGUGUCAGGUUAGAGGAAAUCCGAUACCUCAGAUCACGUGGAUGAAGGAGAACUUCAGUCUGACAGUGAGCAAACGCAUCCAACUAUCACGUGGUACCAUGGUGAUAACAACUGUGACUUCACAAGAUGGUGGAAUGUACACGUGCCAAGCAAAGAAUAUUCUUGGAGUUGUAAGAUCAUCAGCUACACUAACUGUUCAAGGUAAAAAUAAUGAAGUCCUGUUUCAAUGUUUGUGCCAUGAAAGGAUAUUAAGUACAAAGCGUUAAAGCAAAUAUAAAAGAGGUUCCUCAACAAAAUAUCAGAUUCACCUUUAUGGGAUUUUGAGAUUUAGAGAGUAAAUACCUAAGGUGUGACACUGUUUGCCUGUUGUGUUUAAGUUCUAACAAUAUUUUUUUAUAGUGAUAAAGAUUUGUUUUAUACUAUAAAACUAAAAAUGCUGAAAAUUCUGAGAACUGUCUUGCUACCAUACGUUUACAAUAAGGUGCAUGGAUGUUGUCACUGCUGUAGGUGAGGGGAAUCUAACUAACUGAUUGAUUGUUAUUUAUCAACAACAGUUGCUGCCAAAAUCACUCACUAGCCCUCGUCUAUCAUUGUUGAAGAAGGACAAAAUGUGACUCUAGUUUGCAAAGCUAAUGGUCAGCCGACACCAAAAGUAAUGUGGCGCAAAGCUUUUGGUCACGUGUCUAAAGCGAAUAUUGUGGUGGCAGGUUGGAAUAUGACCAUACUCAGCGUUACGAAAGCAGACGGUGGGGCAUACGCAUGCUCGGUAAAGAAUCUUCUUAGCGAAGAUUCUGCUGUCGCAUUAGUGACAGUGAUCGACAGGCUCGAAUUCGUUUUGGCUCCUCCUCUGACAGUUGUUGCAAAUGAGAGCAGCGACAUAAUGUUAAACUGUGCAGCUCACGGCAAAAAAGAUAUUCUUUGGGAAAGAAAGAGCCAAGGACUUCCUAAAAAUCACGUCAUUUUUUCAAAUGGGACAUUGCUUCUGAGGAUGGUUUCUCCAAGUGACGCCGGAACUUACAAAUGCGUAGCGAAAAAUUACCACGGCUCUAUAGAAACAGUGUCUGUUGUUAAAGUGCUAAGUUAUAAGCUCAGGUCCUGCAGCGAGAUAAAAUCGAGACGCCCUGGAAGCUCUUCUGGUAAUUAUAUAAUUGAUCCUGAUGGCAAAGGUGGCGUGACUCCAUUUAGCGUGAAUUGUGACAUGAAUGACAAGGGUGGAGUUGGCGUGACGGUCAUGGGUCACGACAGUGAGAGCAGGACCUAUGUUAAUGAAAUUCCUGGAUGUAGCUACCAUGGAUGUUACCGUAAAGAUGUAACUUACUCAGGAAUUACUACCCAUCAACUGGCAGCGCUUACUCAAGUCUCGCAGAACUGUGAACAGUUCAUCAAGUAUGAGUGCACAACUGGCUCAGGGUUUCUAGCGGAUGGCAGUGCCUGGUGGGUCUCACGUGACGGAACAAAGAUGAACUACUGGGGUGGAGCUACUGGCUAUAACAACAUGUGCGCAUGCGGAGUAACAAAUUCUUGUUCCAGUAGUAGGAAGUGCAACUGCCCACCCAGCGGAGGUUGGAGCGAGGACAGUGGUUUGUUAAAAGAUAAGUCCACUCUUCCUGUGACACAAAUCAGACUAGGAGACUUGGACGGUUCACACGAGAAAGGUUAUCACACAUUAGGAAAACUCAAAUGUUAUGGACAGGGAUAG